GAAGUUUAUGUUUCGAUGAAGAGUCGCACUAAUAUACCUGUGUUUUUGCCUCUCUUCGAAGAUUACUCUGUGACUGCCAAUUCUAAGAUUGUGGUGGUAACUGCAGGCGUCCGUCAGCAAGAGGGGGAGAGUCGUCUCAAUCUGGUGCAGAGAAACGUUAAUGUCUUCAAGUUCAUUAUUCCCCAGAUCGUCAAGUACAGUCCUGAUUGCAUCAUAAUUGUGGUUUCCAACCCAGUGGACAUUCUUACAUAUGUUACCUGGAAACUGAGCGGAUUACCAAGCACCGUGUGAUUGGAGUGGUGUAAUCUGGACUCCGCUAGAUUUCGCUA